GAGGACAAAGUGAAAGCUGAGCUGAAAAACUACAUGACUAAAGGUUUCAAAAAUGUCAAGGAAAUGUGCAAAACCCACAACUGUGAUCUCCGAAUGGGAGCCUUCACCCUCGGAGUUAAUCGUGUCGCCCGAGCAACCCUUCUUCGGGGAUGGGAAGCCUGA